UGUUGUAAGUCCGGAAACGCACUGCAAUCAAAUUGGACCGGACUGGAUGGGACUUAUCAGGAGGACAGACCCGAGUUCCCUUUUAAACGCAUCAAUUGCCAAAAUCCUUGCCAUUUUUGCUCUGCAUAGUGCAUAAAAUCAAUGGCCACGAAAUCUGAACCAUCUUCUUCUUACAAGAAAUUCGAGAUCAGAACGCGAAACCCAAAUCCCAAAACCUCGAUUCUGUUAGUCAUCGAUGCCCAGAACUACUUCUCUUCGAUGGUGAACCCCAUCAUCCCAUCCAUCAACACCACCAUCGACCUCUGCCGACGGGCCUCCAUCCCCAUAAUCUUCACGCGCCACCGCCACAAGUUUCCCGCCGACCACGGCAUGCUGGGCGAGUGGUGGAACGGCGACCUCGUCAUCGACGGCACACCGGAGGCGGAGCUGAUGCCGGAACUUGAUCGGAGACCCAACGACGCGGUGGUGGAGAAGAGCACGUACGGCGCGUUCACGGGCACGCGCCUGGAGGAGCGGCUGAGGGAGUUAGGUGUGGAGGAGGUGAUCGUGACGGGGGUGAUGACUAAUCUGUGUUGCGAGACGACGGCGCGUGAGGCUUUCGUGAGGGGGUUUCGGGUGUUCUUCUCGACGGAUGCAACGGCGACGUCGGAGGUGGAGUUGCAUGAGGCUAGCUUGAAGAAUUUGGCUUAUGGGUUUGCUUACUUGGUUGAUUGUCAAAGGAUUGGAGAUGCUUUUUCUUUGUAAUCUGGGUUUGAUUUGGAAGCUUGUAAAAUCUAUCGUGUGCAAGGCUUGGAGAAAUGAAAGGAUUUAGAUUCUCUCAUAAAA